AUCUGUAGUCAUUGGUCAUAUGAACUUAUACAGUAUUUUUAUGAUUCCACAAGAUGGUGAGGUUAGGACGUGUUUACUUGUCAGAUGCUUUAAAGCAAAGGAUGAAACGUAAAGACUGUUUAAACAUAACAGGAAUGUGUACAUAAAAAGUGGAUAAUCUUAAGAAGAAAUCAUGUUUUUCCCAAUUGGAUGGCCCCGAGUUCUAAACACAAUCGAACCGGAAAACAUAACGGCCGUUGUUUGCAAUAGGGAUAAAAUACUUUUCGCUAUUUUGACAACGGACGCUCUAACCAUCUGGUAUUGUAAGCCAUGUGUACCUAUUGUAUUCAUCAGAAGAACACCAGAUUCAUUAAGAAAGCAUGGAGACAAUAUUUUAUUACAAUGGAGACCAGAUUCCAGUAUGCUGGUUAUUGGGACAUCAGAUAGCUACCUUCUAUUUUAUAAAUUAUCGGAUACUAGUCCAGAAGAAAGAGGACUUUAUGAACAAAGAGACUCCCCAGUUACUAGUUUAAAAAGAGAUAGUGCUGAACUAUUUAUUAAGGAAGUUAUCCCUUCUUUAGUUUUAACAUUUGAGAAAUCAGUAUGGAUAGAUGAUGGUAUUAGUUCUUUGGUUUGUAUACGCGAUGAACUUAUGGUCGCUACAAAAACAAGUCAUGUAAUACGCCAAAAAUGGGACGGUACGGCAAAUAGAGAUUACUCUCUUGACUUAAGGAGAAUACCAUUUAGCAUAGAUCAACAGAUAUCUACCGUAGCUGUACCAUUAACUGAUAAUAAUGUAUAUAUUACCGACAUUGAAUAUUCCCCCUUAGUCGGUGGAUUUGCAAUUGUACUCAACACCGGCAAAGCAGCAUUCCUCACAGCUCAGUCAUUGAAAUUUGAUCCUAAUCAAGUUCAAGGAAUUUGGGCCAAAGAUAUUGAAGAUGCUACGUGUGCAGCUGUAAAUCACAAAUAUCGUCUUAUUGCGAUCGGAAGACAAAAUUCUGAAGGGGUAGUAUACUAUGUCGACGAAACAACAGGAGGGCUAGAAAUGUCACAUACGUUGAGUUUAUCUUCGAAAGAUUAUCCAGGAAGACCAGGUCGUGUAAGAUGUUUAAAAUGGACUCCCGAUAGCUGUGCUAUUGCAUUGGCUUGGGAAGGUGGCGGCCUAGCGAUAUGGAGUACAUUCGGUGCUCUUUUACUUUGUACUUUAAAGUGGGAUUAUGGUUUAAGAGUAGACCUGGCGCGUGAUAAUCCUUUGCAUAUCCAUACGAUGGAAUGGUCUGCAGAAGGUUAUCAACUUUGGAUGUUAAGAGAAUCUCCAGAUCCUUCCUUGAUUGAAGAAAACGGAAACGAAAAACCUAAUUUAAGGCGAUCUUUGAUACAAUUAGAUUUUGUAAAAAGUCCUUUAACUAUCAAUCCUUGCAUGGGUCAUCAUGGACAUUUGUAUUUGCAAGGUGAAGACAGAUUAUAUUUAAAUCUUGGUGGUGGAGUUUCUACAAAUGCUCCGACCUUUCAUCUUGGUAGUGAAAUUCCUAAUGAUUCUAUCACGCAAACACUUGCGAGUUCCAAACAAUGGCUAGUUGUUCCUAUUCCCAGCGUGUAUAGCGGUUCCAAUUGGCCCAUAAGAUAUACUGCUAUUGAUAACGAAGGUAUGAGUAUAGCUGUAGCAGGUCGGACAGGACUAGCCCAUUAUUCUUUACCUUCGCGUAAAUGGAAAUUGUUCGGCAAUGAAACUCAAGAGCGGGAUUUUAUCGUUACUGGAGGACUGUUAUGGCAUAAGGGUUUCUUGAUAGCUAGCAGCUAUUCAAUAUUAGACGACAAGGAUGAAGUUAGAAUAUAUCCUCGGGAUACUCGUCUGGAUAAUAAUUACGUUAGAACCGUUAGAAUGCCAUCCCAGGUAUUACUGCUCAAUACAUUAAAAGACAGGCUCUUAACAUUUUGUGCUAAUGCACAAAUAAGCAUUUAUGAUAUGAUAUUAGAAAGCAAUAAUGAUGCAGGAAAUGUAGAAUUAACGAGAUUGCAAACUGUAGAUAUUAGUGGACUCUGUGUUCAUCCUGCUUGCGUUGUAAGUGCCACCUUGACUACUAUACGUGCAGAAACGGCCGGAAGUCAUCCGCAUCCUGAAAGUCUUCUGUUAAAUGUAUCCGGACGUCUUCUUAUGGUUCAACGAGAACAUUGCACCGAUAAUCCAGAGGUGCUAUUUACAUGUAGCGCUCCAACAGUAUUAGCUUCUUACGUAGAAAAUGUUUGGGUACCUUGGAGAUCGAGGCGGGAUAAACCUCAUUUAACAGAAGCCUUAUGGUUAUUUUGUGGUGCUCACGGCAUGCGUGUUUGGCUACCAUUGUUUCCCAGAAAUCAUCAAGAGAAAACACAUACAUUUAUGAGCAAGAGAAUAAUGUUGCCUUUUCAUUUACGCAUUUAUCCCUUAGCUAUACUGUUUGAGGAUGCUAUUCUACUCGGGGCAGAAAAUGACACCGUACUUUUUACAUCGGACACUAAUUCCCCGUUUUCAUUGCCAUUUAGUUUACUAGAACUUACAAGUCAAGUUUAUCUUCAUCAAAUAUUACGGCAACUUAUUCACCGUAAUUUAGGAUAUCAUGCUUGGGAAAUAGCUCGCUCGUGUUCCGCAUUGCCAUAUUUUCCCCAUUCGUUAGAACUUUUGUUACACGAGGUACUAGAGGAAGAAGCAACUAGCAAAGAACCAAUUCCAGAUGCUCAGUUACCUUCCGUGGUGGAAUUCAUCCGUGAAUUUCCAGGAGUUUGGGCUAGAGCAGUUGUACAGUGCGCUAGGAAGACUGAAAUAGCACUUUGGCCUUAUUUAUUCUCUGUUGCUGGACCACCGAAAAAGCUGUUGCAGGAUUGUUUACAACGCCAGGAACUCGAUACUGCUGCUAGUUACUUAAUAAUUUUACAGAAUUUAGAACCCUCUUCCGUUAGCCGGCAACAUGCUACUUUAUUACUAGACGCCGCUCUCGAACAAGGAAGAUGGGAAUUGUCAAAGGAUCUUGUUCGUUUUCUUAGAGCAAUUGAUCCAAACGACGUGGAAUCACCAAGAACAUCUUGGGGUGGAACAUCAAAAUUAGGAGGACCUACGCAAACACCACCGCUUUCACCUCACGAAGAUGACUUAUCUCUGGUGUUAGGAACCAUGCAAGUUUCACGAAGUCGAAGUUACAGUACUACAGUAACGCCUAAAGUACAAUCUGAUUCAGUGGCCAAAGAUAUAGCUCCGUCUUCAAUGUUAGAGAAAACUAGAAAUGUAGUUAUGAGACGAAAGAAGUCUGUACCGACAAACACUUCUAAAAUCGAGAAACCUGACAGCAAAGAGGGUUCGGCUGAAGAAUUCUUUAUCGACGUGAUACUACAACGUCACGCUCGUCGGCUACUUUCGGCAAAGAGACUUGCCGAUUUAGGCAGAUUUGCUGCUCGAUUAGAUUUUCAUUUAGUUACAUGGUUCGGAAGAGAACGCGACAGAGCAGCGAAAAUAGACGAUUAUAUCGCAGCAUUGAAAGCAGUGCACGAAGAUUUUGCAUUUGCUUACCCCGUGUUAUCACUUCCAACUUUACAAAAGUAUCGGAGAUCUAGCCUCACCUCUCUACGUUCUAUAAAAUCAAUUAGUUUAGAAACCCCGGAGGAUGAACCAGUGCAAUCCAAUUUUGCCGUUGAUUUACCUGAUAGCGGUUAUACUAGUUUACCAAGUGGAAGACCACCUUACACUACAUUAGUUUCUCCUGUUGCGAGUUUAGAAACACAGUUCCCUGCUGUUGAAACCAAAUUAACGACAAAUAUGUUACAUGAUGCUAAUAGUAUUCUUAGUGAUAGCAGUACUAUUUGGAGAGAUGAUACUGAAUCCAUUGUUGGAACUGGAGUCGGAACAGUGUGUUGGGUUUCACCAGAGCCGGUGGAACAAACAGAGGUCCAUAAUGCUUCGCCCUGUGCACCGAUAAGUCGUGCAGAAGUACAACUUAGAUAUCUUUUACAAUUAUUUUUGGAGGGUGGUUGCUUAGGGUGGGCUGCGGUACUGGCAACAGUUCUAUGCGAUGCACCUGCUAUGGCUAGAACUAUUCGAGCUGCACAUGCUCCCAUGCAGACUUUUGAUUCUGUAAUUAAUUUAAGAGAUGGUCUCCUUACGUUAACCAGAUGGUCGCAUUCUGAAUGUUUGGGAUAUAGACCAUUUAUGUCAGGAAUCCAGGGUCAAAUUUCUUUGUUGAAUAGGCUAAUUGUAACUAAGCAACAACAAGAACAAGAGCAGAUACCGGAGAGUCCUUCUCCCAGUCCAGCUCCAUCAGCUAAUAGUAAUCAACGGGGAAAUUUAUCUAGAUCUCGACAUUCGUCCAUUAGUCAUACUUCAACAACUACACCAUUAGAGGAAGAACGAUCCCAUGAACUAUCUUUAAAUGUUGAACAGACUUUCCGAGGUAACUAUAGCAAUCUCAAUACUGUGGAGAAUACUAAUUCACAGUCUACGUGUAUAAUCUCCUAAAACAAUACUGUCUUCAUGAAAUUCGAAUACGUCGUAUUAUUCUGCUGUUGAGUAGGUACAAAGAUUUUUCUAGAAUUUUUCAGCUUUUUAUGGAACAUGUUUAAGUACUGUUGGCUGAAAACGAAACUCGUCAAAUUACUAUUUGAUAUUAAGUAUCUCUUAAAGUAACGUGAGAUAGAUGUGAUUAGCAUCAAACCCCACUGUUAAAGAGAUAAGUGACAAUGAAAGCUAAUAAUUUUCAUAUUUUCAAUCGUGAUAUCGAAUAUAUUCGUUGAUCGUUGUACCAUAAUUAUGUAUACAGUAAUAUCUUUGAAAAUUUUAAUAUAUAAGAAACAAAUGUUACAAAAUUAAUAUUUCUCAUUUUUUAAGCAUUUCUACGCCUGUAAAUAUGUUAUUCAAAUCGUAGAAAGAGUAUUGUUGAAAUAUUUUUAGAGUCAUUCUAAUAACAAGCAAGCAAUUCUGUACAAGAAACAAUAUAGUUUAAUGAUACUGCAAUACGUGACUGAUAUCAAUUCUUCCUGUACUCAUAGACAAUAUAUAUUAAAUAAUGAAUAUUGACAUAUAUGCAAUUGAUGUUAGUAGAUUCCGAACUUAAUUGUGAAGAAAAUUAAAAAUAAAUGUACUCUGAUAUUUUAUGUAUUACGGUAUCAUAUUGACUGAAUUGUGAUUAUUAAAAAAAAAAAAAAAAAAAUU